AUGGACUGCGACAUCUGUCAUCGCAGCCAUGACGCCAAGCGUCUCCCGUUUCUUUGCACCGUGGAUGCUAGAGCGGCACUUUACGAUGGUCGUGUUGAAAAUGUGAUGGCUCUUAUCGAAAAUGAAGAUCUCCAUAAACAAAUCAACGAUCUUCUAGAUGAGACAAACGCCCCGACCAAGGACCGCAAGGAUGCGUUGCAGGCUCAGCAACGAACAGCGGAAGACAGAACCACCCAGAUUCUGGCCGCUGCUGAUAAACUCAGAAACGACAUCAAAGCUGCCAAAGAGGAGAUUCAGGCUCGAAGAGCUGCCCUCUCGCGACGCAAGUCCGAUAUCGCUGCGGUAUCUGAUGGUCUUAUUGAGCGCAGGGUGAAACGGCAAAAGUCGGUAGAAAGGGAAACCGGCAUGCACAAGUACCGCUGGACUAAGUGCGCAGACGAACUGGCUCGCACGCGGUCUUUCCUCUGCAUAGAAGCAGCUCAACUAUAUGGACUAAAACGGAUUAAAGAAGGGUCGCCUAGUAAAUACGAGUAUUACCUGGGUGGAAUCCCAGUCGUCGAUUUGACCGCAAUGAACUCAUCAACACCGGAGAUGAUAUCUACAUCGCUCAGUCAUAUUUGCCAGAUAUUGAUACUUGUAUCGCAUUAUCUUUCCAUUCGGCUCCCCGCUGCCAUCACUCUCCCUCAUCGCGACUAUCCCCGGCCAACUAUUUUUAACUUGUCGGCUUCUUACAGACCCGGAGAUCCGGUCUUUCCCAGUCAGGCUUCUGUGUCGUCCCCUUCUAGCACAACAGACACAGAGUCUCAACGUGUCUCGCGGCCAAGGCCUCUUUUCAUAGACAAGCCACUGUCUCAACUGGCCAAGGAAGACCCCGCCACAUUCUCAUAUUUCAUUGAGGGCGUGACUUUGCUCGCCUACAACAUUGCUUGGGCUUGCAAUACGCAGGGCGUGUCAAUCGGCGACAAGGCUCUUUUCGAGGAUAUGAGCAACAUGGGUCGCAACCUGUACAAUCUUCUCAUCAAUCACCAGUCUGCCGGAAAAGACCCAGACACGCUCAAAGACGAAGCCGAUGGCCAAAGCAGCCGUUUUGGGCAGUACUCUCAUGGUACAACAUUUUAUCAUCUCGGCGGGGCAGAAGGUACUGAGUUCAGCAAAACCUUCAAGCUUCCUAGCCCAAUGAAGCUUGCAGAUAAACUCAAGAAGAAGUUGCUCAGCGAAGCGCCCACCCCUGACUGGGAAGUCCUGGAUGAUGAUGCAUGGAAGGUUGAAGAGGAGCUGGCAGAUGGGAGUCAAGUCAACAAGAACCUAUUGAUGGGAGACAAGAACUCUCCACGUCGAGGGACAAGCGGUUGGAUGAGGGUCAAGAAUAGAUGA